UGUUCAUUGUGGCCCAGGCGCAUCUGCAUGGCGGCUGCUGUUGACAUUAAACCAGCGGAACAUCUUCAUCGCAGGAGUUUUACAGCUUUUCUUCCACGUAUGUGCAUCUUGUUUAUCAUGUCUGGAUGGAGUAAAUAGUCUCAUAUUAUCUCUCCUAUGAUCGUAGCUCCGCCGAAAUCCUUUGAGACAGUGGAUCUGAGUCUGGAUGAUGGAGCAGGAGCUGGACUCGGUCAGAUCUGAGGUCUCCGAAGGAACGGUGGAUGAAGGAAACACAGGUACCAGCACUCGGAGGAAGAGGAGGAAGCGGGAACAGCGUCCGGAAUCCAUCAUCGUGUACCGCUGUGAUCCAGAGAGAUCAACUGGUGAAGGAGAUGCUGAUGGAGGAGAGAGAAGCUCUGAGGAGGGAGCCACGUUUCUGAAUAACACCAGUACUGAAGGUUGGUCUGUGCCUCCAGACAGCCGCUAUGUGACACUCACGGGAACCAUCACACGUGGGAAAAAGAAAGGUCAGAUGGUGGACAUCCACGUCACGCUCACAGAGAAAGAGCUGCGGGAGAUGGCGAGAUCCAAAGAGCGUCUGGAUGCCGAGUGUGACGCUGGCGAGGGUUCCAGUCGCUCCUGUGGAUUCGGUCUUUCUCAGGGGCCGCACAUCGUCCUGUGGAGCCUUUCCUGCGCUCCGGUUGUCUUCGUCCUGUCCUUCAUUACUUCGUUUUACUACGGUACUCUCACCUGGUAUAACAUAUUCCUGGUGUACAAUGAAGAGCGGACGUUCUGCCAUAAAAUUACAGUGUGUCCUUUCCUUAUCAUCUUCUAUCCGGUGCUGAUCGUGGCGCUGUCGGUGUCGAUAGGCUUAUAUUCAGCUGUGGUUCAAGUUUCCUGGGCCUUCAGUGAAUGGUGGAUGUCGGUCAGGGAUUUGGAGAAGGGUUUUUGCGGAUGGGUUUGUGGGAAGCUCGGAUUAGAGGACUGUUCGCCGUAUAGUGUCGUCGAGCUGCUGGAGUCGGACACCAUUUCUGGGAGUUUGCAGGGAAAGUCACUACAAACAUCUUCGGUGUGAAUACACACCUUGUGAUGUUUAAAGGGAUAGUUCACCCAAAAGUACGAUGGCCGAGAGACGCUCUUAAUUCCUAAACAAAUUAAGAAUACGAGCUGCAUUUUCUCACAACACAAGCAAAUAGCAAGUAACUCAAGGGAAAUGUUUCAAGGAGACCCUAAAACAUGAUAUACCCAGCUGGGAUUUGCUUGUUGUGCCGUAACUAUUCCUUAGUUGUAGGUGAUCUUUGAAUACCUGCCAACACUCCCGUUUUUCCUGGGAGUCUCCCGUAUUUUAGACCCAUCUCCCGUAUUGUUCUGUCUCCCAGAAAACUCCCGGAAUUUCA